GAGUGUAAAAGUGAGGGAGAGAGAGCGAAAAGAAACGCAAGGUCAUGUCAUCACUGGAACGUCACAGCAGCAAUUGGUGCGGCAUGGAGCAGAGUCUCAAUCGUGACAUCGAUGAGCUGAGCUCCACGUUUGAGAAAAUGAUGCGUCCACACAAAUCAAAGUAUGCCUAUCCAAGGCCCCUACCAACGGCAACAUCAGCAAGCACAGUCAUCGAUAGACAACAGCAUCCAAUAGCACUAGCCCACCACAUGGAUCUGCCGAGUCGUAUGAGAGCCAUUAAAGUGUUCAAUGUAAUGCUCGCCCGGCUCUGGCGUCGCCGUUGCGCCGAGGUCUGCGAUUUGCAUGAACUGGUUCGCAAAUACCAAGUCAAGGCCAAUACAAUGCGAGAUGAUUUAUUUAUGCGCAACAAGAUGAUCUGCAAGGAGCAAAGACGCUGCGAUCGAUUGGAACUGGAGCUGCGACAGGUGAAAUAUGCGGCAGAGCUGAGCUCCCAGGGCUGUGUGACCAUUGAGAAUGCGCUGAAUAUGGUGCGUCGCGAGGAGGCGAAGUUGCGCCGUGAUCUGACCGUCAAGACACAGGAAUGCAACAGUUUUGCGGAGCUGCUAAACGUUACGAAAACUGAAAUGUUCCGCGAAUUGACCAAGUUUCGGCAAUGCGCCCAGGAACUGGCCGAACAGCAGCGCCAGAAUCGCAUUCUCGAGAUACGCAAUGCCGAACUGGAGGAUGAGCUAUUGACUAUGAAAGAUCGCUUUCAGGCACAGCACGACGAUAUUGUUGUCGCUGUGCAUUUGAAGCAGGAGAAAAUCGACAAGGCAUACGAAACACUAAAGGGCUACGAGCAGGAGCUGGCCGAACUGGAACUUAAACACUCGAAGCUGCUGAAAGAGAGCCAAGGCGAUGAAAUUUUGCAGGAGAUCAAGAAAAUCGAGCGAAAAAUCGGAAUAGUCCGACAUGUGAUCUAUUUCGUCAAUCCAUAUCGGUGGUGCUUGUUGCAAACGUAUUGGCCAAAAGUGAAGUUGAUUGUCUACGAAAUACUUGCCAGAUUCUUGAACGUUAUCUUGCAUAGUCCAGUAUCAAUGCCGAUGCUGCCUGUCACAUCGAUGGGCUUCUAUUUAACAGUUAUAUUGCUGAUCGGCGUCGUAUUUUGAC